AUGGCUGCUAUUCACCAAUAUCAUUGCCCAAGCAAACUGGACGCUGCUACAGAAAAAAAUCAAAUCAUUAAUUCUCCAGUUGCUGGCAGACUGUAUAUAUUCUCCGAUGGCAAAGUGUGGAUUUUCAAGGACCGAAGGCCCGAAAUGGCUGUGCGCAUUGGUAAGAUUUUCGCCGGUGGGCCGCAGUACGUUAAUGCAUCGGUAUCGACCAAACAUCACACUUAUCUGAUCGCCGAUCGAACAAUUUAUGCAUUUAAUGUUGACAAAACUACGGAGACUUUCAGUUGGACUAAUAAAACGAUAAAAGGCAUUUAUAGGCCGACCCGAGGAUGGCCAAAAAUUUUACAGAAUCGUGUGUUGUUUUUUCCACAAGCCGCCUUUCCAAUCGAAAACGGAAGUGCUAUUCUCAUAUCAGGCGAUGUAUUUGCAACAUAUGAUUUAGCCAGCAACAGAGCAUCAUUGAUCAACGAUCUGAAAUUAUAUUACCCAAAUCUGCCCGAGGAUUUCAAGAGUGGGAUACCGUACCCGGCAGCACAAUAUGAAACAUAUCAUUUGUUCGAUUCGCACAUCGUUUAUGAGUAUGAUAUGAGCACACAUCAAAUAACAUUCGCACAACCGCUCAAAAAAUAUCUUGCAUGUUAG